AUGGAAUCUGGUUACACCAUUAUUGCCGAUGCGGCAACAGAACUUGACCGAAUCCUGGGCAAUGGUGCCGAACUAUACUUGCAGAGCAUCCAAACACCCGGUGCGCCACCAAUCAGGGCGGCAUUCGGCUUCUCUCAGCAACCGCUGGAGUCAAACCGAGUCAUCUGUUUGGCCGAUAUUUCCUGCGUAGUAGCAAGCACUACAAAGUAUACUGACUUUCCUGUCCUAAUGGACAGACGCGUUGUUGCUGCCAUGAGAGCCUUUUUUGUUCACUCUUUUGAAAGAGCAAAAGGCCCGCUACCAAAAGUUACCGAGGGUGUCAUUCGAUCACCGGACAGCCUUGACGACAGUCCGCAUGUGACACGCGCAAUGCUUAGCGACUUGCAUCCCACAGUUGUCGCUUUAGCAUGGGCGUGUCUCCCUCAACAUGACAUUUUCGUAUCGCUUCGUCGACGCUGGCUGCGCGAAACGUGCUUCAUCACAGAGGGCAAGGCAGAGAGCGGUCAAAAGUUGCAUCAUGUGAUGAAAGAGUUGGUUCUCUUGGAUCUUUUUUUGAGUCUUUGCCCAAAGCUGAAGUCGUUGUGGGAGCAUCGACAAUGGCUCUCCUUCAACAUGUGUGCCUACGGACUUCUUACCGACGGCCCUAAAGAAGGCAACGAAAAUGCCGUGCCUAUUUUCCAGUUUGAGGCACAAGACGACCAGCUGUUUUUUAUGGCCGCACACACCCAUCCCAUGAACUACAACGCCUGGCAAUACCGCCGGCUUAGAUUUCGAGCCCUGCAUGCGAGCGCGUCAGAUGUUUGCGCGAAAUGGGAUCAUGCACAUGUCGCCAUUCAAAUGGAUAGCGAGCAAGUCAUGCAGUUCAUCAGAGAGCACAAUGGUGAUAGCUCGGCUACGUCGUAUCUGCUAUUUCUUCUCCAGGAACAAGACGCCCUCGACAGGAAGGGUGAUGCAUCUCUCUCCGGAGCAGGGGCAGUAAUGGAAGAUCCCCACCAAGCUGCCGGUGAACUACGCAGGAGUGGUACUAAGGAACACUUUGACGUAGACAGAGAGGGUGAGAGUGGAACGCGCGUCUGCGAGGGCUGCACAAGAAGCGCACUCGCGCCGGCUUUGUGGAGAAGUCUUAUGGCGUUUACCCAAACUGAAAUCCGACUGCACAGCGAAAAAGGGCAUGAGUGCAUUUGGCACCUUCGCCUAGGGUUGAUUCAAUGGGCAUGUACGCGAUCACCAGAGAACAGUCUGCUUUCACUAUGGAGCGCUGAGGAUGAGCUGAGAUGGGCCUCCACGUAUGUUGAACUCCACCUCGUAGACGGAGUUGAUGCCCUUCUAUCUCCGGUGUCGGCGUUCCCUUACGCGUGGUCAGAAUCCUCUGGGUCAUCUGCGUGGACUUCUUUCAACGCUUCUCGCUACGGCUGUCAGCUCGCUUCGCUUCUCCGCAAUACAUCUUCAUGUGAGUGA